UGGAAUGGCUAAACCUCGCCUCGGGUUCGGGUGCCAGGAAAGCUUUGACUCCAGCAUCUACCACCAACGCGAGCGUCGACAAAACGAGCAGCUGGCCUGGCCAACCAAAGUCUGCCACAACGUAAACAACUGGAGCUGCUGUAGUAGAAGCAGAAAAAUACUUUCAUAACAAGAAAAUUAAACAAACCUGGCUAUCACAGGUACUGCAGUAGCAAAAAGUAAGUUCCCGUAAGGCAACAACAGUAUACAUAGCAAAAGGUUAAUCCAUUAAAGAAGAAACAGACGAAGAGGAAGAAGAAGAAAAGUGGCAGGAAAAAACGCACUGGCAUUUAGUUACCCAGGCUAUUACCAAAUUAACAGUUUACUUAUUAUAGUAGUAGUCAGCUAGAAUCAUUGCAUGACCAAACAGCGACAACGAAAUGCAUCUGACAACCUUUUCUUUACGGUUCCUACGGUCAACCGCAACCCGUUCCAGCGAUUCGGGGAAGAACGACUCAGUAAGAGAGGUCGUCUGUGUGUGUGUGCAGGUGCGAAUGUGAACACCAGUCUAUUGUUCGUGUCGAUUAGAAGCAUUACACUCUAGCUGCGACCCAGAUAAAAGCAUCACUUCGACCCACAAGCACUAUUAUGGGUCUUACACAACAACAACAACAAUAAAGGAUACAGUUUUUCUUGUACCUAACUGAAAAUUUUUCGUACCGAAUGCGAUAAACCGGCAAGAACUCUGAACAUCGUAGCCGUUCAACUUCCACCGAUGGUCAGUGGACAACUUCUGACAACAUCCUGUAACAGCAUUAUAAUACUGCGUGCUACAACCACAGCUGAAAAUACGACUGCUCCAAUCGCCAUAACAACUGCAAGGAGUUUGUCUACUAGAAGAAAAAAACGUGGUUUCAUAGUGUCUGUUGUCUUCUCCCGUGUGUGAUCAAGGAUUACGUGCGGUGUUCACCACAAACAUACAUUCGACAACAGAUUUUACUGUUGUGCCAAAUGAAACAAUACGGGUACUUAGGUAUCUGCAAGGUGGGGGUGUCGCCGCCGCCGCCGCACCUGCUGCUGCUGCUGCUGCUGUUAUUGCUGCCGCUAAUGUUCAGCAGGAUGGGUGCCCGCUGCGUGAACUGAACUACGUGCAGUAAAGUAGACGAAGGCCUUCGGCCGUUGUCUUGUCGGCAGCAUUGUCUGAAGGGCCAGCGCGGCCUUAGUGCCUAGUAUAUAUUCCGCUAUAACAUAUAUUUCAGUGGAUCGAUCGUUAUCGCCACAACGGCAAAACUAAUAAUAACGGCAGUAGAAACAGAUAUGCUGCCAGCCCCGUUGUCAAGAACGGCUCAACUACGUGAACUGAGUGGGGCGCAAAAAAACGGGACAUGUCGGAGGAAUUAAGAUAUAUCCCGGCGCCGUUCUGCCGCUAAGGAGGCCAUUAAGAGAACGUGAAAAGCGACGGUGUUAGCAGUAUCGUAACUACUGAAUGAGGCCAUACCACAAAGAGUUCGUCCCUUCCUGCGGAACAUUUGCCUCGAACGCGUUUAUUGAAUCUAAACAAGAAGCAACACACAUUACAGACAGAUUUACACCAUCGUAAGUAUGAGAACAUAAAAAUAAGCCUCAAAUUAUUCUGGUUGAUGUUCGCUGUUAUUUUAAGAGCCACAUUAGUUUUCGGAACGUCUUGUUUAAUCCACGGCCAAAAAUACAAGCACGUUUUGGACUUCAUUAGAUCGAUGCGGAAUAUCGCUGCAAAAAUGGAAUAACAACGAUUAGGACCGCGGCAGAUGUGGCUAAAGUCAAGGCAAAAAGUCCUCAAUGGAGUUUUCUAACGCGUGCCAAAAACGACCUGUUGAUCAGGUCUGGAAUCUUGCAUACCUCGUUUGUCUGUCUGUGUGUUAAGUGUUGUCUACUAUUAGGCAAACGUCAGCAUUCACAAAGAGGCAAGAUGAACUAGGUUUAAUUACUAAGGUAGCAAGAAUCAAACGGGAAACGAAUAAACCGUUACCCUCGUCAUCUUUUACGGUCCGAAGAAUUUUCCGCAGAAAAGAAAGAAUUUAUCUCAGUUCAAGUCGUUGGCGAGGGCGGUGUUAUCAUCUUGGCUUCUUUAGUUAUCCACUACUUAGACCCACUACCAGCGUAGUCUUUGACUCCGUCCGCUUCCGCCGCCAUCGUCACCGCCGCAUGUAGUCUGCCCAUCUGUACCCCCACCAACUGUACGACUUCUCAAGAGCCUUGGACCGAAGUCAGAAUCUCCAUCAAAUCCGACCGGCAGUGGGGUGACCGUAUAGGGUUUGAACAUCAGGACGAGGUAUCAGCCAACGAGGAGUUGCCCUAGAAGCCUAGCUAAAUCCGGUCAGUUGAGAAGAGUCGACCAAUCGAAAAGCCAAGAAGACGGCCCCGUAUCGCUGCGAACAACAACACCAGUCAGCCGCUGCAUUCACAGUACAUUAGCUGGCUGUGUCACUCAGCCAGUUCUUUACGCUUGCCUGCUGUUCCUGUUGGCCUCUGGAACAGGAGCAGCAACAGAGGACGGACUUGCAUCACCCGCUAACAGCCACUGGAUAGUACCCGUUGCUUAUCGAGGAGGCCUUUCUGUUUAGCGGCGGCAAGGGAGGCCUUGCUCUAUCAGCGCUGUGGCCGCGUGUCGGCCAGCGGUUGGCACCAGCAACUGCAGCAGCGGGAGGGAAGGAGGAAAGGGCUGUGAAAACAUUAUUGUUGCAGAAGCAACGACCUCACGGGCUGCCGUGGCCGUCACACAGCAAGUCAAGCAAAUGCCUCUCUGGUGUGACAUGAUCACAGGGGCCAACUCACUGCCGUGUUUCCGCCUUCUAGCUCCCCCCAUUAGAAUUGUAACUGCUGCCCGUCUCGCGGUAGCCUGAGAUGGCACUUCGUCAUUGCAGGCCCGCGGCGAUCGUCGGUACGUAUUGCUGCCUUCCCAUCUCAGCUGCGGCCACUGCUGAAGUCAGACGAGCGUCGCCGACCACUGCAACUCCAAACCGACCAACAACCGACGGCAAGUGCAAGCGACUACACCGCCACUAAAAAGUAGACGAAGACUCUCCCGUAGUCUGUCUAUGUUCGGUGCUGUGCUGAAGCUGUCGUUAUAGCUAUAAUAGUAACGUGCCGAACGACUACCGAACAGGCAGCACUCGCCCAGCUUCUGCUAGCAUUGCCGUUGCCGCUAUUGGUACAGGCGCGCUAUUACUGCCGCCGCCACUGCCACCGCCGCCCAUGAAACCUCAACUUGAUGUCCUCAGCACGGACUUAUCAGAAAGGCAAUAUUGAGAACGGCAACGACGACGACGAGAAGACCAGCCGUCGAAAACUUUGCCUGUUCUGCUUUACCCAUUGCUGCUGCUGCUGCCGUCACUACCACGGUGGCACCAGCUGCAAGCAGCCUUUUGCCGCGCUUUUGCGGCCCCAACGCCAUAACCCCAUCCUUCUUUCUCCGAUCCCCCAACUCAGAACUCUUCAAAAAAGCUGUGCCACUUCUGCAGACUCUAAAGGUCCUACGACUACUACAACGAUCCUGACGAAACGAACAAGAAGCAUCGACAGGGAGUGCUGUCACAGCAGCACUAGGAGUAUUCCUCCCCCCCCCCCAACCACCCACCACCACCACGUGCUCGAUCGGCCGUGGGUACGAACAUCAACUUACGACCCAGAGCUAGAAAAAGUAGCAGCGGUAAAAUCAAGGUUUACUACCGUCAACUGUGUAGCCACUUCAAGUCCCCUGACUGCAGUUAUUAUUACGACUCGUGCUGCUUCAUCUACCACGUACUCGAUCAGUACCGCCGUCGUUGCGCAGAAUCUUACAACGACUAUUGCAGGUUGACGUCAUACUCAACGUCCGGACACAACAACGUCAGUCAGUCGACACUUCACGUAUUGCUACGGCAGGUGUAGCAGAAAAUGUUCCUUAGCUUUUCGCCGUUUCAGUAAUACCCGCAAGGGUAGCAGUCGUGUUUACAACAGCGAUUCAAACGGUUCGCUUAAACGGAGUUUUCCUACCUUCAACUAGCCGUCGUUCAUAUUGUCUACCCGAACUGCAAGCGAUCAACCUGACUCUUGCGGCGGUGGGGGCGGUGGCGGUGGCGGCGGCGUAAUGUGAGCAUGAACGUGGUGAGAAACGUUCUACGGUAGUCGCUCAAAAUGAGAGAAUAAGAGGACUCGCGAGAAAGAGAGAAGGAGAAAGGGAGAUAAAGGGAGAGCGAAAAGGAGUAGAAGGGAGGGGAGAAGAGGUCACCUCUGCGGCUGACGUGACUGGGUUGGCAACCCAUUCGCCAGCCCAACUGCUCGGCUACUGCCCGAUCCACUGUCCGGUCACUAGCAGCAGCUGUGGCGGCCGUGCCCACUGCAAGCCUAGGAAACCCAGCAAAACUGCUCACCGAAGUUGUCGAUCUAAGCUGGUUAUCGAGACGAAGUAUUUCAAAAAGUCAUUUAAAAAGUAUUAGCCGAAGCUUCAAAUCGGAACUGACUGACUUACUAGUGGUAAAGAGUGUGGUAAAGAGUAAAAAGUGGAGAAAGGGUCAAUCAGAGCUGUGAGUAAGCUGGCCAGACAACUAGCCAGCAGUCUAUCUCGUCAAGGGAAACGUAGCCAGCGGGCUUUGUCUCUACUAAGUAUUCAAGGGCUGCAGAAGCCAAGAGCAAAUUGAAACGAUCGGAGAGGCGAAGGUUGGAUAAUCGGUUCGUUCUGCAGUUCAAUACGGCAAAGAAAUCGCAGCUACCACAGUUGGCUUGAGGUUGCGGCAUGAUUUGCUUAGCGGCGAAAGUGCGAGCAACCGCCUCUUUGUCAAGCUGCUACUUCAACAGUGGUCUCCAACAGCUCUCCCCUCCUCAUCUGGCUCCUAAGCGAAACUAAAGUUCCUCCGAAGGUUGUCAGACGAUUUUAGAACACAACACAAGCACACAUAGCAUGUCUAUAGACAGUGGCUGGCCGAUCGCGGUUCCAAUAGUUCUGCUGCGAUAAAGACAUCAAGGCCAACGCCUGCGCUCCGGUCUUUGAACUGAUAGCGCCGAAAUUUCCAAUAUGCUACGCUUUCCGACCGAUAGGAGCCGUUGACCGCUGUCAGCAGAACAGUUAUAGGAACAGGUCACCUGUGAGUGCUGCCUCCGUUACUAAUACGACUACAGCAGAAUUCUCUCUUUUCCAGUUCUGUCUGACUCUGUCGGUAACGCGGUUCUAAAGCUAAUUUCAAGGGAGGACGCUUAAAAAAAAGGAGAACUUGCCUCCACGAUCUCCUUCUGUCGGCGCUUGUCUGCCGCCCUCUGACUAUCUCAAUCAGCUUCCGUUAAGCCACUUAAAUUUAUAUUAUGUUUCUGCUCAAUAUGUCUUACUCGCUAUCUGCAAUCCGCGAUCUGCUAAUACUAUUGCCCUCCUGUGUCUUCUACUAUUUUGUUUUUGCAUGUGUGCGUCGCGUGCUCGUGCGUCUACAUUAAUUACAUUAUCGGGUCUGGAUUACGCGUGACGUACACGAGCUUGCAGCGUUUCAGCUGAUGGGCAACGAAUCCAGAAAAGACCGGAUCGUUGUCGAUUGGUCGACGAUCUCCUCCCCUCAGUUAUAGCAGUAUUUGGGAAGGAGAAAGGAGAAGGACAUCAAACGAAUAGUUAACCUCUUCGACUGACAUUGCCUGCAAAAAAAUUCAUCUUGGCGACCUGAAAAGAAAGAAGCAAAACCGAUUAUCCUUUCUUAUCCUUUGCAAUUUCGGUCGAUUCGUCGAUUAUUGGUUACCAACUAAAAAUAAAAGAGAAAAGACAGUGGCCGCGGCGACGGCGACGGCGACCGGCUACAGAACCAGUGUAAUACAAUAGAAGGGAUUCGCUGACAUAAGUCAUACAAGUGAAAUUUAAUAAGAAUGUCAUUGCCUCGGACGUCCUCAGAAGCGUUACCGAGUCACUGAAAUGUAGUAAGGAUAAUAUCAGAAGUAACAUAUAUAAUAAUAAUAACACUAAGAAUAAUAAAUAAAAUAGAACAACCUCGAUAGAGGCGACGGAUAGAGAAACAGCAAAACUCUUAGUACGACGACAAGUCGAAACACGCAGGCAAAAUGCCGCGCUCUUUUCUUGUCAAGAAGAUGAAGUAUGACCCUGAAUUGCACAGCGAUAGGCCGCGCUGGUCUCUCGAGGAAGAGGCACCGUCAAGUCCUUCCGAGGCGGAGACCGCUCCGGCAGGAACCCACCAAGGGGGGGGGGGGCAUAUCCAUGCAGCAGUAUCGCACCCAUCGGCCGCAGCGUCUGUUCCCGCAGCUACCGGCACUAGCGCGGCCACUGCCCACCAUUACCACCAUAACACCAUAAACACGAUUGCCAGCAACAAUAAUAUAAAUAGUACGAACGGCAACAACAACAAUCCUGCAUCGUCCUAUUUCUACUCAUCACAACUCGAAAAGCUUGCAGAUUACGCAUGCGCCUCGCCCAGACUCUAUAUUCCUUCAGACUACAACCCUCAGACGGGUUUGGCGGGCCCAAUUUCACCAGCUGCCAGCCCUCGCGAUUCACAGCAAUUCUCGUCGGAUCCAACGGCGGUCACACGCGUUACGCAGCCACCUGCCAAGACAUACCACCAGCUAACGACAGCCCACGACUCCGUGUUCGACUUGAAUGGCAUUGAGCGCACGUUCUUCGCUAAAGCAGUGGCCGAGGCACGGGGUCCUUGUCAAAGCGACGAUUUACCACCGGCGUCGACGCCCCGAGCAGACGUGCUAUCGGCUACAACGUCUUCCACGGCUGCUUCAACAAUCAGUUCGUCGCGAUCGGCGACACCGAAUCUGUUGGCCGUGACGACGGUAUUGACGACGACGUCAACAACAACGAACAGUUUUACAACGAACAGCAGUAUCAGCAGCAACAGCAGUGGCGGCCACAGCAACAACAGCCAUAGUGGCCCUCCAUCGCCGACGUCGACGGCCGCUCUGCUUCCGACGUUGCGCGAUCUUCGUGAAGCAACACCUAGCCCAAGUCCGCCAAGUGGACCUGGCGGUGGCGGGAUCGGUGGAACAGGAAAUGGCAGUGCCGGAGUUAUUAGCGACGGCCGCAGCGCGCGAAGCAAGCGUCGCCUCUAUUCAUCGUCAGCCAGUAACUGCUCAUCGGAUAGUGAACGUUCGUCGAGUCCAUCGAGUGGCAAGUAUGUGUGCCUGGAGUGCGGCAAGCACUACGCAACUUCCUCCAACCUCUCGAGACACAAGCAGACCCACAGGAGCCCCGACUCUCAGCUCGCCAAAAAGUGUCCGACUUGUGACAAGGUGUACGUGUCGAUGCCAGCACUGGCAAUGCACAUCCUCACCCACAACCUGAGUCACAAGUGCGAGAUGUGUGGCAAGGCGUUCUCGCGUCCGUGGCUGCUGCAGGGCCACAUGCGAUCGCACACCGGCGAGAAGCCCUUCGCCUGCGUCCAGUGCGGAAAGGCAUUCGCCGAUCGCUCCAACCUCCGAGCGCACAUGCAGACACAUUCCACUUCGAAGCAUUUCCAGUGUCCCAGGUGCGAUAAAAGUUUCGCUUUAAAGAGUUAUCUUAACAAACAUCUUGAAUCGGCGUGUCAGACCAAGGAUGAUGUAAGCUCAAAUUCCUUCUCAUCAAUGGCUGAAGCAUAGUUGAAAAGUGAUCCAUGAACGAGACGUCUACGGAACGUACAUUUAGCUAUUGUGAGGUGGUUAUUCUACCGAGUAAGUGAAACAGUGUCUUCGAAACAGAGUUUGGAGUCAGUGUACUUCAACAGCUUACCAGCUUCAUGAUACUGUCAGAUUUUUCAGUGGUACGUUGGCUAGUAAGUGUUUUCAUAAUAUAGUCAGGGGCAGACACUAUGAGCAGGAAGCCUACCAAUACGUAAGACUGUGAGAGACUACUGGGCGUGAUGUCACCCUUCGCCAGAUCGACCUUACUUAGGUGAAAAGGACUCGACAGAGAGGCGAUUGCUGUUAGUCAAAUUAUCUUUAUUCUACUUUAAAAUAUAUGGAAGCUUGGCAUCUGGGAGAGAUUGCCAAGCAGCUUGAUCACAUUUUGUAGGUGCUCGAUUUUGUAAUAUAAAUACGAUUGCUGAUACUAGUAUAACUACAAAUACCUGCACGAUAGCAUUAAUGACAAUUUCACUUAAGAGAAAGAAACAAAAACAACGUCUUCAUCUCUUUCUCCUACCGCUAUAACUAUGAUCAGUAGCGUACUGUGCUCGACUAUUGCGCCCUAUAUCAUCCGCCCUAUAUCAUCCGCCCAUCCCCAGUGCCGACUCUCCUUUUCGACCAGCAGCUAUUUAACGGCUAACAAUUACUUGCACUGGUUAAUGCCUAGGAAUGGAGUCCUUAAAAAGAACAACAGUCCCCUGUCCAUGGUUCCAGUCGACUUGACCUGGCGUGUACGGGAUAUGAGCAAUGAAGAGAGGAGAGCUGGUUCUAAGUAGUUCAAUUGCCCCUGUCCCUAUGCACGUGUAAACAUGCGCAGGUGUAGUCAGAUCUGAGACCCUUCCCACGCCGACGAGCUUUAAAUCGUUCGCUAAUGCCACUUGGCAUAUUGCGCGUCGAGGGAGGCUUAGAUUCAGACUCACACUUAGGUGGCACAACACGAUCACCCAGACAAUUGGGGAGCUUCAUAAAAACAGUGUGCUAACUUCCUACAUCCCCCGCGUACUGUUUCUCUCAUUGGCCACCGCAUUUAGUGCUUCGCAAGAGCUUCCGCUUAGAGUCGCUUUGUGCGCUUCCUGUGCAGCGGACUGCUGCUCGCCUACAUCCUUUUUGGUUGCACGUUCACUAGAUCGGCCUCCUCUACCAAUCCCCGUUUCUCGGCCGGCAGCAGGCCCGCCUCGAAGAUCAUCUGUUGCCAGAAAAGCCGAGAGAGGUUAGCACUAGUGUCUGACUGUGGCCAAACUGUGCUCCGCUCAACGAUCAGAACGAAAUAACGUGCGUGAGAAGAGAGAGGGAAAUACAUACAGCAGUAACAUUUGAAUCAAUGGACAGCGACUGACGAACGGACAAACAGAUCGCAGCCAGACAACAUACCCAUCCCAGUAGCUACAAUUCAAGCAAGGCAACUCCUUUCAACGAAUCUUUAACUCUUCUAGCUAACAAUAAUAAUAACAACUAAAUAGCAAUGACGAUGAUGAUUUUUGAUACGAGUGCUAAUAUAGUAAAGGCAGAGUCUGUGUUUGUUUGGCAAAGCCCAAUAUAAUGCAUCAAGCGUGUUCCCAGAUCAAGUAAAAACGAACGAAACGAUGGGUCAGCGUUGUCCUGUAGAUUAAUGAUAUGUGAUAUAGAUUAUAUAUGUACAGACAAUACUAUAUACAAAACGAGAUGACUGCAGUAGUAAUCAACAGAGAUAACGGAUAGAAUAAUAUACUGAUAACAAUCACAUUUUUGCCGACUAAACAGGUAAGCUUAGGGCCAUCAAAGUAAGAAUCAUCGUGCUUUUGCCGGUAGAGAAUCAUCUAUAUUUUUAUUACUAUUUGCAUUAAAUGAAAAAAAAAAAUAUAUAUAUAUAUAUAUAUAUAUAAAUGCCAUAGUAAGUAAGUGCUCCUCUCGUGAUUCGUGUCUAUGAAACACUCAAAGGACGAGCGCGACAAACGAUAUUAUAAUUAUACCACUAAGAUUAUUGUUCAAAAUAAGUUCAGUAAAUAAGUGUACACCUAUACUACACGUAAGUGUAUCUUGCAACGGCGUUCAUGUAUGCUUUUAAUGAACGUCAUAAGUUGAUAUAUAUAAAUGCUACAAUCAUUUAGCGCGUCCGCGCAAAGACGUUAACUUUGUCCUCCGGUGAGUCUUCUAGUCAACAGUAUAUAAUUAUAUGAUAAUAUGAAAUAAUACAAGAUAAGCAACAAUGAUUUACGUCCUAUUACGUUAAGUGUUACGCUUACAAUCCUUGCCUCAUGAUAAUAUCGUAUGUAGUAGUCCUACUACAUGCUCGUAGUAGCAGGCGAUAGUAAACCCCCUUCAUGCCUACUGCGACAAGUGCACGUCAUUGCGUACAAUACACGACUUUCAAUGCUAGCGUUAUUAUUAUGGCGAGGUGCACAGGGCGGCUAUGCAGAAAACUCUGAAGCAACGCCAUUUGUAUGACAAAACGAUCUGAAAAAUUGAACAAUCUGGAGGUUAAGGACGACGCCGGCUGGACCGCGCGUCAGUCCGAUUAUGCAGUUGUCCUCAUUCCUUGAGUUCUGGCAUUGUUAUAUAGCAUACCGCCGCAGUAGCAUAGAUACCUAUACGCAUACAAUGUAAUGGUGUUAUGCAAGGACAAACAACCAUUAUAAAAUGUAGCGCCACAUAUUUAAUAAAGAAACGAUGUAAUUAAUAUAUAUAUAUACCUAGACGCGAUAGUAACAGCAACAUUUUUUGCGCUGACCUUAUAAUUAAAGCAAUAAUUUUUCUUCCCAUGGAAGCCUCGCACGAGUGGUCGAGGUAAUUGGUACGAUUCUGGGGAUGGGAAACCCCAGAGUGCACCAUACCCCGGUCUCGUUUUGCGGGCGAAUCCACGGGCGAUCACUGAUCACUGAUGCAGAUGGAUCAUGUCCGGUGCGUAAUCGGCUAGUUCGUUGCGUAUUUGGUAACAACGGACUACCGAUAACGUCGCGCCCGGUCUUGGCCGACGUUAGAGAAAGAAAAAUAAAUAUUAUAUAUAAACAGACACGAGUAUAAGAACGAAUCCGCGACAGAGACAAAUAUACUAUUAUAUACACACAAGCAGUGAAUAUGGCAGAGGAUAAAAGUAAAAUGCCUAUGAGACAAUGGCGUGAGAACAACGCAAGGAGCAGAAGUAUCUGGAGAAUGAGGAUGACACAAAACGAUGUUCAGGACGACUCAUUUGUAGAUGCUUUAUCAUCUCGCUGCUGGUCGUUUAGCAAUCACUACCGAAAACGCGUGUUAGUUAGAAACUGUUUGUUUAAUAGUUUUGUAUAGCAUCUUUGUUACGUGUUCCACUGUAAGCGGACACUAUCCGAGAAUCACGUAAUUAUCCGAAUAACUAGCGCGUCAUCACUAAAAGCAUUUUUCCGAACGACUUGCCAAUUGCCUCGUUAAGCCGCCGCGCCAUUUCGAAGUUAGCUCACGUCCUUCUCAAUUUCUAAUAAUAUUAUUAGAUAUAAAGUCCCUAUUAAGAUUAUUAUACUACCUUGAAUAGCUUAUAUGUGUUAAACCGACUACCCUACCUAGGCGUAUGUGUGUCGGGCUCCAUAUGCGAUUAUAGCAGAACAUUCGAUAUAUAGACCUCUCAUAUAAUUACUCGGAAAGUAUUCCCGGAACUCAUGUCUGACCCGUUAGUCGAAAUGCCUGUGCGUUAGCUAUAACGUAUAAUGAAUAUAGCCGUCAACAGAUCUUCAAAAUUAGAAGCAGAAUGUCUAUGGUGAAGAAAUUAAAGAAUUUACUAAACUAUUGAAUGCCAUUUAGAACAUCUUCAGUAAUUAUGUACACGGUUCUUAAUAAUCAACGAAAUAUCAACGACCAGUAGCGACGGUGACUCAGGCGUUUUAGAGACUACAUAUUUGAUUAAUCUAUUUACUGGUACAUAUAUUUACAUAUACUAGUAUACAUAACGCUAUAUAUCUAAAUAUAUUAAUAUAUUUAAAAAUUACUAUACUUUCCAAUGAUACGACAAGACGACUAGAAUGAAUGCAGUACUAAUAAUGAUGAUAAUGAUAAUAUCAAUGAAGUUGGCAAAAAUCAUACAAAAACAAGGACUAAUGAAUAUAUAUAUAUAUAAUUAUUACUGGAAUAGUAAAGGGAGGAUAAAAUGAGAAAUAGUAAUCUUGAUGGUGAUGAUAGUAAUAACUAGUACAGAGUAAGGUGAAGAUCAGUUGAUGAGAAGUAAAAAAAUAUGAUAAAAGUACAUGAAAAUGAUGACAACCUACUAAAAAACACGGAACGAAGAAUGCAAAAGACGAUUGCACAAGUUGAUGGAUCUGAGAGUGUCGACAGGUCCACCACAAUCCGCUGAUAAAAAGCAGGAGGCGAUAGGGAAACAAAGAAGCAAGAUAGGACAACCAUAGAAGAAGUAGAAAAAGUAAUUAAAGAAAGUCAGGCAAAGGGAAGUAGGACAGCAGGUAAUAAGAAAGCCGAACUGUAGUGGCGGCUACCGUACCUUGGCGUUGCCGCGUUGUGGGCAGUUAUAGCAGCAGCACCACUGUAGGCUACACGCAGCCAAUGUCUCGAACAUUUAAGAAUGUCCUGAGGCGGAACCCGGCAUGGUGUCGCGGGUGUAUUCGCAAGCAAUAACUCUUCUUUAGGUAGUUGUUGUCGUCAGCGAGACACGUGUAUUCAAUGGUCCGUCCGCGCAGGGCAUUUCUCCUGUUUGCUAGAUGGUGGUAACUGCACUAGUUGGUGCACUGCGAGGCAAUGGCGAGAAGCAUCAGUUGGUCGGCCUCCCGGCCGUUCCUCCGGUCGGUGUUCGAUGUGGACGAACAAGCAAAGGGGACUGGGUCAGUUUCGACGGCCCGGAAGCCGAGCCACGAGGCAAGCAAACGGUGGCCGUACGAUGCAAGGCAAGGCAAGCAAGUAGUGAUGUCGUCGACCGCUGAAAAAUGAAGCUUGCCAAGAGGACCGACUAAUUGGUCGCUUGCUGGCUGGCUUGCUAGAUCGGUCGAAAGAAAAAGCGAAAAAGUUGGAGCUUUAGACAUGGGAGACAAACCCAGCGAAUGCAAGUAACCAGCCGGUCGCAAAAUAGGCAGCCACUGCUUCUACGGCCCGCUCCCUUCCAACAGGCGAAACCGGCAAACGGCCGCUCAGAAGCAGUAGGGUGAGUAGAAAGGAAAGUUGCCGAAAAAAAGCUCAACGCUUGAAAGCAUCGGUAGCCGCAUCUCAGCUUCAGCGGUACCAGUAGCCCCUUCGCCCCAGUUUCGGAUGAAUGAAUUGUCAAACGCUUGCCGUUCGGCCCCGUUCUCCCUUCCAGAUCGGUUUCCCUUCUCAGACCCCUAUCACGCUUCUCGAUUUGCCUCUUCAGCUAGCGAAUAGCAAAAUGAGCGAACGAGCAAGCAGUCGUGUGGAUGGACAGAUAGGCCGUCAUCCACGACGUUCUAUGUGUGUCUCUCACUUACUGCUUUUGCAGCGCUAUCUAGGCUAGUACUCACUAAAGCGUUUGUGUCGGGAAAACUGCAAUUGGGAACUCCUCAUCUCCCUCUAGCAGACUGCGAAGGAUAACAACGGUUGUCGGGAGUGCGCUGAGAAAUGAUGCUCGCUCAAAUCAGAGGUUUGUCCCUCUAUCUGUCUUGCCGCACCUCGACAAUUGCAAGUGGUGUACUUGUGCUGCUUCUGGUACUGCCACAGACUUAACCACCGCCAUCGUCUCGGAUAGUGAAACUGUGUUCCUUUUCAGUAACCUCGCAAUCCAGUGUUCGAGAAUUGACUGAAGGGCGACGAGCUAAGAGCAAGAGAGUUCUUUUACCCACUAUACCCCUCUUACUCCGAUUUGUACCUCAACUAUCCCGUUUUUCAACCCGCUAUCCCUAGUUCUCCAGACGGAUCAGGUCUUGAGGAGAACGGCAGCCAGGAUGCCGUUACAAUCACUAUGUUCUCGUUGUACUACUCUGGCUUCUUUCGCUUCUUCUCCUUCGCUCUUUUCCGCCUUCUCCAGUUCCCUAAGAUUACCCAAUUCAGAUGUUAUUGUUAGCACUGUUAGGGUUAUGAUCGGCAAGCAGUCCCGGUUUAGCAAAAAAGCUUUGAAGGGUAGCUUCUGUCACAGUAAUGUUGCAUAAGCAGCGUUAAGCCAAUCGGUAGUAGAGAUGCAGAACUAAAGGGGACGGCCAAAUGAGGAAGAAUGCAACGCGAGUGUACGCUGUGCGUACGUGCAAAUUAAAAAACUUGCCCAUCGAUAGCUUGUUCUGAGGCGACGGCGAGGCACCCAUCUCCUGCACGAUCUACAUAGCUGAAUCAAAGCGGGCGAAUGUGCUCAAGGGAUAGAAACAUGGGCCACCUAGAUUUUUUGAUCAACCUCAGCUUUCGCUUAGCCGUACCAUUGGAAACAGUAGCUUUCCGUCUGGCGCAUUCGAUCGCACCAGAUCUGUUCCCCUUACUAUGCGCUUAGUAGAAUUAAGAAGAGUGGAUCCAUCCUUUGAGCACCGUGAUCAUGUAGUUGAAAAUGCCCUUCGCCCCAUAUUUUUUUGCACCCCUGCUGCCCGACCGCUCGGCCGACCUGAUCGACAGACGUAGUGAGUAGAUCUUAUGCAACGACCUUCUAGAUAAAUAAAUGAACUCUGCGGUAUAUAUAUAAUAAAGUACUAUAAGAGACAUGUCUAAUAAAGUACGAACAGGAUAUUAAAAGGGAACGAUGGAAACAAAGCAAAAUAUUAAAAUGGCUAAAAUGUGAACUAUGUUAUCAUAGAGCUCAAAACCCCCGUGACGAGGAUAAGAAAUCGACAAAGUAGUUCACUUACACAGAGAUCUGUUCAUCUAUUUAAGUGACCUCAACAUGACUUCGUGCCGCCAUGCGUGACCUUGGCGACCCCCAAACAUCAUUCAUUUGCAUUAUAUAUUCUUACAAAUGUCAUCUCGGCAGCAAACCUGUUACGUCAAGGCAACAUUCAUGACAAAGAUUAUUAAUCAUGCAUAGUAAUAAUAUUGAUAUCUGUAUAUUUUACAUAAUAAGAUAACUAUGAAUCGAUUGUAAAGUUAUACAAUAAUAAACUUGUCGCUCUGCAAAUAUAGGAAUAAAUCUAUAUAUAUAUAUAUAUAUAUAUAUACAUCGUAAAAUCAGCUUGCACCAGAGAUUGCACUUUGAUGACCAUUGAAUAUAUAUAUAUACAUAUAUAUAUAUAUAUAUAUUAUCGAAACAUACGCCUUCGCCUUCAUCGACCACUUCGAUCAUCUCAUAUGAAUAACUGCGAUACGUGAGGUAAACUUCGAUGAUAAGGAGAGCAAUAAUAUUACCAAAGCUAAAUAAUAACAUGCCUGAUGGAACGCUUAACGGCUGUAGCAGACGUAAAACCCAAUCAAUUCAGCUGAAUGAAUGAUGAUGGUGGUGGCGAUGGCGAUGGCGAUCGGUGACAAUACACCACUGACAGUGGAUAGACAGACAGAGAAUAAAUAAAAUUACAACAGGAAUAACUUAUAUAUACGUGUAGAUAAACAUUUUAUUUAUUAACAGAUGGGCCAUAAGGCAAAUGAACACCGAACAUACACCAGAACGAAUGGUACUUAAUAGAAGAAAACAGCUCGAAAAAGAAUAAAAGGGUGAAUUCUAAUAAAGAUGACACGACAUUCAUCGCGAAUGUUUGUUGCAAUAUGUUGGUGUUUUGAAUUAAUGUGUUAGUUUUUACUGUCAGCCUUUUCACAGUAACUUGGAUGGUUCUUUUUUUUCGAAAUUAGUAUCCGUCUCAACUCAUCUACCGUCACUACGUACGGCGACUAAUCCCUACUGGCAGCGUAAACAUUUAGCCAUAAACGGUCUUCUUUUAGAAACUGUAGCAGUAAAACGAGCGGCUGAUUUGAAAUAAACUUUGAUUCUUCUUGUGAAUCGGAUUCGGUUCGUGCAGGAUUAUGCUCUUCGAUCGGCAACCAUUGUCUAUAGUAUCCGUUUCUUGUCCAUACUG